GCGAGCCGGGCUUGUUUCAUAGAAAUCAAUGCUUCCACGGAAAGAAUCCCAAGCUGCAACGGUUUACACAGUCAAUGAAAACCAAUUCGUCUAGCCAUAAGAACAGCGAAAUCAGCCCCAGAACGGUCCCAGUUGCUUCCCUCUCCUCCAACAACUCUUAUUUUACCUUACGGACAAACCAACUUUUGGCGGACCCAAGCGUGCCAGAAACCGUUCGGUACCCGACAUUCCCAUGGAAGAACAACAGCAAUUGCAGCAGUCAUCGUAUCGGGAACAGAUCUGUCGAUGCAAGCGGUAAUAUUGUUCGCAGCGUCAUUACCAGGUUCAUUAGUAGUAGCGAUGACAAGAAGAAUAGCGAAGGCAACCCGAUGCUCACGGUUCACCACUACCACCACUUCGAAAGACAGGAACACUGUCACUACCACAACAACAACAACAACAACAACAACAUGCUGCGGUCGCCAAAGAUGCUUUCAUUUCGGUGGUACGUCAACUUUGGAUUGCUCCUAUUCGUGUACGGGCAAGUGAUCUUGCACUCGAGGUUGGCCCCGGUACAGCCGCGCUACGAGUACGACAACUACUCCCAACAGGCAUUCAUAGGGAAUCUUGAGAAUCAAACGAAGGAAAGAGGACAAGACGAAUUUCGGUCGAUGGGUUUUGCUGUGUCCCGCAGCAGCAACAAAAGUCGCGAAGAAUUGCAACAACAACAACAACAACAACAACAACAGGCACCACAAACAUCCACCGGCACAGUCAGCAACAAUGUCGGGAAUCGAACGAAGGAAAGAGGACGAGACAACUUCCGGUCGAUAGAUUUUGCUGUGUCCUCAAGCCACGAAGAGUUUCAACUGCAACGACAACAACCGCAACAACAACAGCAACCACGACCAUCCACCGGAACGGUCACCAACAAUGUCGGGAACCGAACGAAGGAAAGAGGACGAGACAACUUUCGGUCGAUGAGUUUUAUUGUUUUCCCCAGGAACAAAAGUCACGAAGAAUUGCAACCGCAACAACCACAGAAGCCACCACAACUAUCCACCGGCAUGGUCAGCAACAACGGCUUUUUGAGCUACGUUCAGAGUGGGGAGCUGCAAAAGGCGAAAAGCCCCACUGAGGGUUAUUUUUUUUACCGUCGGGGAGAAGGAAACAACGACACUUCGUCCAACCGUACCAUCGCUGUGGACGAGGAGGGAUUGCCCGGGCCGUCCAUUUCGAGGCUCCUCCGAAUCGAAGUCCGGGCAUCAAAUCGUGAUUCUGAGAAGAACAACAACUACUACUACMCAAAAAAUGAAACGAAGGAACCCAAAAGCAACCAAAACAGCGGUAUUUGUGAGCCACAGCCCCUCUGGUCCUACCAGGAGUCACCCAAGCUGAUCAAGUCCCAUUAUCAAUCAGACUACGAAGAACACACCAUUUGGAACGCAUCGGCAGCUGGUAUUUCGCCCUCUGGCUUUGACUACGUAAACGCCAAUUACCAGGCCCUGGCGGAAAAUUUCGCUAGGGACCAGGUAUUCGAGUUUCCAAGAGAAGUAGACGACGACGACGACGACGUUGAGCUGCAACUGUACACGAUGCAAAAAAUGAUGAACAGAAUAGCAGUUAAAAGAACGAAAUCACCACGAAUCUACACGGCGGCCAUUUGCAAGAUCCAACCCAAAGUCACGGACAAACUCCAGCACUUUGCUCACGCUAUGGAAGAGUUCUACAUGUGUUUCGACUACUGGAUGGAAUUCGCCACCCUUCCAGGCAUGAACACGAACGCUGACCGCAACAGAGCCAAUCAAACCGCCGUUGUUCCGGUCCUGAUCUACGACAGGGAAACCCAGUUAGAUAACCUGGUUGAGUGCUUCGAAAACAAUUCCUUCAUGAAGGGGUUAAAUGAGUUGCUCACGGAGCAGCUAGGCAUGACCAUUCUGGCAUUGGACGACUACUACGAUUGCCAUUUUCGAUACCACUUGAAAGGUGUCGCCACGACCAAGCUGUGCCAGAAACUCUACCACCCCCUCCAAACGAUCCGGGUCUACGACAAGCCCCCGCACAAAGGCUACCUGAUGCAACACGUCCAUGAAUGGAACGAUAUGAUGGACAAGCUCCUCGGGGGGAAAAAGGAGAAGCUAGCUGUACGACACACUUGGCGCGAAGAGCAAAAGAAGAAAGAAACCUGGAGGCAACAUCAAAAGAAGAAGCAAGCCUGGAUAGAGCAUCAAAAGAAGAAACAAGCCUGGAUGGAAAAGCGACGACAAAAGAGUCUCAUUGCACAAAAAAAACUAUCGGAGCUACUGAAACAGAAACGGAUGGUUGGCAAGCCCGAGGCCCAGCCGACAAGGGCGAAACAAAAACAAAAGAUCGGCAAGUCKGAAGCAUCACAAAAAAUGACAAAACAGAUGAUCGCCAACCUAGAGGCCCCACCAAAAAAGGCAGAACAACUGACUACCAAUCCAAGAAUCGCACAAUUAAUGACGAAACUGAAGACCGCCAACCCAGAGGCCCCGCCGAAGAAGACAAGUCAAACUAUUUUCAAUUCAGACGCACCGCGAAAAACCAAGAAAGGAAAGGCGGGCGGCCAACAGGCCUCUUCGGGCACCCGGUUCCAUCAACCCACUCGCAGCGAAGAAAACCGCAUCAUUACGUCCGAGUUGACGCCGAGUGCUUUGAGACUAAAAGGAGAGCGGCGGCGGCGGCGGCUGUCAACUUCGGGUAACAAUGUCGACGAAAACGAGGAUGAUAACAAAAAUGAUAAUGGAGACGAAAAUAGCAUUGGCGACGCCAGCUGGUACGAACUGUACACCGCAGCCCAAACAAAGCAGCAGGAACGACAACAGCAAGCAACGGAUGCCAAUGCCGACCACGACGAUGGCGAGAGCAGUCAGGGGGGUUUAGAUGGCGCCGAUGGCGAUGUGUACGCCAGUGGCAAAGGCAGUGAUAGCGAGCAGGGGGAUACCGACGGAACCGAAACCAAUUCAAAUGACAAUAACAACGACAGAGGCAUCGAGGAUGGGGGCAUUGGUGAUGCCGACAGUGGUGCAAAUAUAAGUGCCGAUGACAACAACAAUGAGAGCGACAGUAAGCAGGGGGGUACUGAUGGCGAUGCGAAUACUGAUGACAACGAUAGUGUUACAAACAACGGGUUGGAAAAUGCUGAUGCAAAUCGGAUCACAGCUGACGAAAAUGACAUCACGGCCCGAUCCCGUCAGCAGCAAGAAGAGCAAGCCAUGGAUGCCAGUGUCGAUCAUUAUGAUGACGAUAGCAAUAGCUUUGCUGGGUUCGUCGAUGCUGACACCAAUCGCAUCGCGAAAAAUUCUCCACGAAUCAUGGUCCGACACAUCAGACAACAAACUUAUCCCAAUCAUAACCGUAAGCUUAGUGGUCAGGACGAUAGAAAUGAAGCCGACACUAAUCGCAGAACCGAGAGCAAACCAAAGGUCACGGUCCAAAAGAAAAGGGAAGAACAUUUCGCUACCAAUGCAUUUGCUGAUCAUUAUGACAAUACGGGUGAGGCCCAGUUGAACCCCACGGCCCAAAAUCAUCAGGAAGACCAAGCCUUUGAUGCUCAUCACAGCUACAAUGAUACUAUCGCAGAAGAUAUACAUUUGAAUGCUACGGGCCAAAAUUACCCUCAACAACAAGCAAGUUAUGGUCACAAUGGUAAUUUAAAGGAUAUACACUUGAAUGCUACGGCCGACAAUCAUCAGCAACAACAAGUCAUCAAUCCCAAUGUAACUGAUUUCAAUAGUGAUUAUGCCUACACCGCCGCAUCAUCAAAAGAAGAAGUUACCAAUGUCGAUUCAGCUGACAAUGGCAAUGACUACUAUUCCCACCACGUCUGCAGUCGCCCACCCCGCAUCGGAAUCUUAAACCGGAGAAAAUCGCGAUCCAUACUGAACGCCGAGGAACUAGCGAGAGACCUUUCAGACCUUGUCUACGUUUAUGGUAGCGACAACGACAACAACAAAACCACCGCUGCUCAUGUACACAAUCUAACCAGCCCUGUGAAUGUAGUGUAUUUCGAGAACAAGAGCCUGGAAGAGCAGGUUGAUUUUUUUCGGAGCAAUGACAUUCUCGUGUCGGGGCACGGCGCCCAGCUGACUGGCCUUCCAUUCAUGGCAGGCGGGGAAACAACACGAUGCAGGCAGGUACUAGAAUUCUUUCCCAAAAACUACGCCAUACCGUACUACUUUGGAUCCCUGGCCGUCCAGUCAGGCCUACGCCAUUCGUUUGUCUACUUUGACGACGGAAGAGGGAACGGCAAGAAAAAACAAAACAACAACAACUUUGGUCCUUAUACUCACGAGGAACUAUGGCAGCAACUUGAACCCUCUGCACUCCAGCAGAUCAUGCCCUGGGAGAUAAAAUUUGGCGACACAGUCGAGAAGCGCCGCGAGGCGCGAAUGUUCAAGUUUUGUCCACGUACAGACGAUAUGGUGUCGUACGUCGUGCAGCUGGUCAUGGAUUGGUACCACUGUCACGGAUGCUGAACAAGCUCAGGGAAACGAAACCCAAUAAAUUAUUCCAAACUGA